AUGCUUCCCCGAUUACCUAUCCCUCUAAUACUACUCUCAAUUAUCACCCUGAUUUUCUCCGAACCCCUCCAUCCAGCAGCGCAAGAAGGUCCACAGAACGAGGUGCUUCCCUCAAGCAAGUUCUCCUCCCGCAUUCGCUCUCGUGUUUUCCGCGAUGCGACGCAAGGCGGAUUCAACGCGCCAAGAUUAUACCGUGCGAGCGGAAGAUUUCACAAGCGGGUGCAAUCUGCGACUACACAUGAUAUUCAAAAUGUUCCACUGCCUUCGGAUAGUGUACAAAUUGUUUCUUAUAAAUAUGAUGCUGAGAAGCAUGAUGAGAAGAAAAUGGCUAAUAAUGAUUUGCAGAGUAUAACUGAAGCUGAUGCUAGUGACGUGGGUUUUUUACGGGGUUUUUUAAAGGCACAGCGAAAAAAACAGCCACACGUGAGAGAAAACGAGAGAGUGUGUGUGCAGAAGAGACGCGAGACGAAAAAGGGAUAGGAAAAGAUUCCGAUUUUUUUGAAUUUUUGCAGCGAAAGAUUCUCAACAAAAAAAUGUUUGCUGUGGAAUAAAGAGGGGUUUUCAGAAAAUAAAGAGCUUUAGAAAAACAAAAUAGUUUUGAAAAGGUAUAAGCCUAACUAAGCCUAAAAUCCAGUCUGGUAUAGCCUAAAAUCCAGUCUGGUAUAGCCUAAAAUCCAGUCUGGUGUAGAUUAAAAAUUAGAAUAUUCAAAAUUUUCAGCUUGUACUUAGCGAGGUCCCGUGAACUAUAAAUCCUUCUCAAAAAAAAAUUUUCCAGCACGCCAAAGGAAUCGAGCGCACGACAAUGUCGGUUCGUGGCGAGACCACACCCCUACCCACCACAACACAGCCACCAGUCCCCUCGACAACCACACAAAUGCCUGAGCAAAACUCUAUCGUUGAAAAGGCAGCCGCCUCUCCUCCAAGAGUGCAUUUCCAAACUGUGCAAGCCGGUGGUCUUCAACCGCAACCACCAAUGGUGUUCACCCAGGUACCACCAGUCACUAUAUAUCCAGCACAGACACCCAUAGAUAGUGCGAUUCCACAUCAACCUUCUAACCCGUUAUUCCCAGCGGUACAAGCUUCAGUUGUUCCUGGAGCUUUGGGACAGGGACAGAUAGGACAAGCACAAGCCCCGGUGAUUUCUGGAACGCUGGGACAAGGACAACUUGUCGGACAAGCUCCAGUGGUUCCUACUGCAGUUGCAGCAACUCAGGGAGCCGUUCAUGCAACUGGUACAGGCUCAGAAAAUCACGAGCAAUUAGGAUGCGGUUGGGAUUGGCUGACGAAUUCGUGUAAAGAUGUUUUCAAUUUGAAUUGGUGAGUGGGUUCGGUUCAGAUUUUUGAAUUUUUUAACUUCAGAUUCACCCAAAAAUUCAUUUUAGGUGCGGAAAAUGCCACGACUUCGGCAACAUCUUCCUCCACGAUUGUAAAUGUGUUGUGCCCUUGAUCCAACUUCCAACCACCAGUCGACCACAAGUCACUCAAUCUACAGUACUUCCAGCGCCUCAGCGAGCACCACAGAUGUACUUUUGGCUCAUCUAA